GCCCAUCUCCUCGCCACCCCUAGGUACCACACUACGUGGUAUUGUGAGAUGCCAGUGCGGCGCUUGGCGGUGCCAGUCGCCAUACGUUAGACCCAGAUUCAGCGAGCCGUGUUUACUACUUACAGUACUAGGGUCGAGCACUCGUGCGUUCAGCUUGGCGCGUCGAGGAACACUGACGUGCUCCACUCGAGAACCCUUGCGAACGCUGGGCCCGGAGACUGUUGUCGAACGCUGGUGAAUGGCUUCGUUCGCAUUCUCGUUUAGACGAAAGUGGGCGUAGGCAAGUCAUGCUUUUCGCGAAUAGUAGGCGAAUAUUCAACUCUUUGGCACAACUACUACUACUAGUAUGAAGUAGUGUUCCCACACUCGGUUACGUGCUGACAGCCACCUAGUAGUAGUCCUUGCGUUACACUUAAUCCUCGACAUAAGCUGAGCCUAACGGCCGUCGCCAGCAUGGCGUUUCCCCCGAAUAUGACGGACAAGUCGGCGUUUUCCGACGAGGUCUCGCGCCGCGCGGCUGGUUUCUCGACUGACGGUGACGUGGACAACGCGUACGACGCUGACGUGGAGGCCGCUGCUGACGUGGACUCUAUGAACGACUCGCCGAGCCGCCCUUUGCAUGGCGACUCGGAGUCAGACUCCUCUUACCUCCCCGACUCGGAACGCGACGCCCUCGCGUCGCCUUCCCGUGCCGCGGAAGCCGCCGCCGCGGCGGAGAAAGCGAAGGCGCUUGAAGGGGAUGCGGAGCUGGACGCGGAGGGGGGAAGGGGGGGAAGGAGAAGGGGAAGGGGGAGGCGGGGGGGAAGGGGGAGGAGGAAGGCGCGGGGAAGGGGAAGCGGAGGAGGUGCGGGCGGUGGGAGGUGAUCUGCUGGGUGGGGAUUGGCGCUGGCGUUGUGAUGACGGCCGUUGGGCUCACAAUGCUUGUCUUCUUCCUCUCGCUCACCCAACAGGAACCAGUUGUGACUAUAGAGGGUAUUGACAUUGCUCGCUUCAGCAUCUCCAUUCCUCCUCAAACCAUCAAGAUGCCGAACCUAGACCCCAGCAUGGUCAGCGUGCCAAACCUGGGAGGUAUCCAAGCCAACGUUCCCAGCCUCGGCAGCGUCCCGGACCUCGACAUACCGAGCCUGGACCUGUCGAACCUAGAUUUGAAGAACCCCAAGAGCCUCGGAAAAAGCCUCCGGGAUCGGCUCUCCAAUUUUGGAAAAGACGUUUCCAAUUUUGGAAAGGACGUUUCGGCAAUCGGCAAGAACGUGACUAAGGAGGUCUCUAAAGUCGGCAAGAACGUUUCUAAGGAGGUGUCGACGGACCUGUCAAGGAUUCGGGACGAGAUCCAAGCAGCGAUUGCGGACAACUUUGCGGGAUUGCGCGUGGAUCUAAACGCGCAUGUGAAUGUCACGGCGAGCAUAUACAACCCGAACAGCUUCGAGGGGGUCUUCAAUUUCCUGGAUAUGGGGAUCUACCUCUUCGGCAUCCACGUCUCCAAUGUCUCGCUCCCAGCAUUCGAGCUGGGGAAGAAGCAGACAAAGACUGCCACAGUGCCGCUCGUCAUUAAGAGCUUUCCCCUCCUCUCCACCUCGUCUUCCGGCCAAGUCAGGAGCCCAAUAGCCACUGCGCUGAGAGAGCGGAAGAUAAAGAUGCAGACCUUCAUUAACACGCAGGGCAAAGUGAAGGUGUGGGGAAUUUCCUCGCCCACCUACAAUGUCUCUGUGAUGUGUAUCAUGACGGUUGACCCCCGUGGGGAGCGGACAACAACACAGGAGUGUGGCGCCAAGCCUACGCAAGUGUAGCUGCCUUUCUAUAUUUAUUAGAGCUAUUGGUAGUGAAGGCCAAAAUGUUGUGUGUGCUUUUGGAUACAUAGCUUGCUUGGUCCACAAGCAGCGCAAGAACCUGCAACAGGUGGUAUUGCCAUGGGGUGUUUUAUUGUUCAUAUAAGUAUUUGUUGUCCUUUCCUUAUGGGAGGUAGGGUGCAAGUAAUGCACAUGAUAAAGUAGACACUUAUGCUAAUUUGAAAGACAUU